AUGACGCUUGAUGACGAGGAAGAUUUCUCACCUGAGAUUCUUAAUCAUUUUGACAGUGUUUGCACGCAAUUCGCAAGGGAUUGUGCUACUGAGGUUAAUAAUGGAGGUCCCCUCGGUGAUCAUCCGAAAUCUAUUGCUCAAAAUCAGCGAACCGGCAAAUUAUCCAACUCUCAACAAGCUGGGUCUCGUGGUCAUGUUAUUAGAUUGUCCCGGAAAACCUCAUUUGGCCGGAUUUGCUCUUGGACACCAGCACAACCAACUGGCGCGUCUACUGACGUAUCAUAUAAGAUUGAGAUUGAGCGUUUGAAACACGAGAUAGGGGCCCUUCGUGAGGAACUAUAUAUGAAAGUAGGUGAGCUGGCGUCCCUCAAAGAGGCCUCUAGCCGCAGCACUAAUGCUCGGUUAGAGGUUAUUCGGAAACUGGAGGCACAAUUGGCCUCGGAAAGAGCGGAGAGCACCAAAACCAUUGCAGCAUUGAACAGUCAACUGGCUUUCAGGGAGGCCGAUUAUCAGUUGGUGUCCGCUGAACUGACGCAAGCCAAGAUGCAAUCCUGUCAGGGCCUCUUAGAAGAUGAGCCGUCUACAUCCUGCCCUCAAACUAUCGGUAACGUUUCACCUGCCUCGGCUCUGCUUACUUCAAUAGCAGAAGGGGUGGACGCCAGGCUAGCCAAGCGUGGUGGCUGCUUUCCUCGACCAAUAUCACCUUUGAUGACUCGGACAACACCAUCUAAACGCCCGCGUCUCUGGAGUGACGAACUAGCCCUUGGAACUAUUGCUGGUGUUGGUGCAUGCGGUAACACUUCAAAGUCGCCCUCGCCUACAAUCCCACGCCAAGGUGGAGUCAAGGUCAGAUCGCUUCGAACAUUUGUGAAGAUCCCUCCCCUUAAUUUAUUGGAAGAAGAACAAAGUCCCCCCACUCCUUGCAAGCAGAUUUCGUCGACAGAAGUAAUGGCUAAUGAAGUGGUAGCACCCACACCACCUCCACUGCCUUCUCCACCGCGGAAGUUGCGUUUUCGUUUACAAUGUGAUAAAUCCUCAAAUACCUCGGAUCUUCAUCAGGUUUUGGGAAGGUUAAUACUGCUUUCGAGGGAAACUAGAUGUCUUCCUCGAGAUCCGAAGUUGCCAGGCGUCAAAACUUUGCGAUCUGUGGGGUAUGAGCUGGAGGAAUGGGUGCAUGAGAGGUUCUUCGUUGUUUCUAGGCGAAGAAUCAGCGACGCUAAAGAAGAGGAACAAGCUUCUGCUGAGCGCGACUUCUUCAGUGGUCUUUCCCGACUCGCUCUGGUCGUGGAGAAUCAUGCAGAUGCUGGGAGAUGUUUAGGUGAAUGUAUUACUCUUAUCCUGCCACAGAUCCGAAUCCGACUUCGGGAAUAUGUUAACUUCUUUCGACUCUACCGGCAGUGUGUAUUUGAUCAUACCUUUACCGAAAAGUUGCAGCGUGAAGGUCAAAUUGAGUUGGAAAGUAGCUCACUAGAUUGUUCUGGGAUAGUGGACUUAAAGUGCCUCAACGAGAAUCCUUUUGCUGGCGCUCCGGCCUCGCAAUUAGUCUCUCUUCCUUCGCUAUUUGUUGAAGGAAACACCCGGUCAAGUCCCGUCAAGAUCAAAGACGUUGAACUGUCCACAUGGACUGAAUCAACUGCCAUGCAGGCCAACGAAGGCAUUCUCGCCUGUCUCCGUACAAUUGACAUGAUCUUUGUCUACGCACAUCGCUAUGAUGGUGUUGACACCGCUGUACUUGCUAACUUUGUUCUAGAGGCUCUAAAUGCUCUGGCUGCAGUGCUGUCACUUCAACCCAUUGACGAAGACACCACUUUGAAUGUCCUCCCAACGAUUUGGAUGUCUCGUCUUUCGUGCGUCAUCCAUCAAUGUCUACAUCUCGCCUGUCGUUUCGCUCUUGAGCUUAACUUGAUGAACAGUCGGGAUAAAUGCGACAGUGCACCGUCGUGGUUCCCCUCAGUUUUAAAUGUCUAUCUGCUGGUGGUUUGUGAAACGUUAUCAACAAAGCUGCAUGAUGGCCCAUCGGUUUUGUUGCCAGCUCUGCGCCUGUUGACAUAUCUCCUGGAGGGUGGCCGCCUCGAUCCUCCUGAGCAUUCAACAUCUGACUCAAGUUCUUCAUCUAACCCAGCGGUUUUCUGGUGGGCUUCUGGAGGUGAAGCGGAAGCCCUUGAGCUCCUAAAAAGACUGAAGGAGUUGGAAAUUUCCCUUGAUCAAACGUGUCGCUCUUCAUCACCUCCCACAUUUCAUAUUUCGAGCAAGAUACCACCUCAAGAGCAACUGGGGUGUCCUCUACAUAUCCUUUGCCGUCUGGUUCAAUUUAGGCAGUCACUUCUCGAUCGCGACGAUGUUCGACGACUUUGUAGACUGCUUACUGAGCUCAGCAUGUUUGCAAGAGCUCUGGCUUCAACCAAACGGUGGACUCUGUGUGCCAAUUGUCCCUGCACUCUGGAGGUGUAUAAAGCACUGAUAGAUCUAGGCUUACCUUUGGUGGAGCAGCUUUUUACCUGGAAAUUUAAUCCAGACCUGAAGGUUUUCUGCCUCUCGUCUUUGGGAUGUUUGAUUCUAGCUCUGCACACCCUCCUCCUUGCACAUGGUGAUGAUAUCUUUCAACGCAUCACGGAUCGUAUUCCAGGCUUCUUCGUAAUCAUUUCUCGUCUCUCACGACUGACAGAUGAGAGUGCAGAUCUCGUUCAUCCAGAGCUGGUUGAGGAACUACACGACUUUGAUGCUCCUCCGACAUCCGCUUCGGUGGAGUCUGAUACAAUGUAUGCUAAAGUGCCUUCAUGUUCUGCUAUCGAUGAUACAACACGACGAGAUUUAGCUCAUCGGCUUUUCCGCCUUGGUGCGUUGAAUUUUAGCGGUGUACGUUUAAAAACCGGUGAGAUUUCUCCCGUCUACUUUGACAUCCGUCUAACUAUGUCUGAUCCCCUCCUUUUGCAAGACAUUGCGCGAUACAUGUAUAAAAUGAUAUCUGACACUACUGACGACAGAUUUGAUCUGAUUACUGGUGUUCCUGCAGCUGCUAUUGCUCUUGCAACGGUAAUUUCAAUUCAGAAUAAUGUCCCUAUGAUUCUUACUCGCAAGGCAGCAAAGGACUACGGAACAAAAAAAAAGAUUGAGGGUAUCUGGACGGCGGGGGAAAACGUUUUGGUGGUGGAGGAUGUUGUUACUUAUGGCGACAGCAUUGCCGAAACCACUGCUCUGCUACGAUCAAGCGGUUUGCAAGUAAAGCACGCUGUCGUUGUUGUUGAGCGACAACAAGGAGCCACCCAAAACCUUCUCAAAAGUCACAACGUUCAUUUGCAUACUCUCCUGUCCUUUGACGACAUUUUGAACAUCCUCUCAACUGACGGUUUGAUUCCAAUGGAACGUGUUCACGUUGCACGCAAUUUCAUUGCAGGUGCUCAGUUUGAAGCAAGGCAGUUAACUACGAAGUCAUCGGUGAACUUCUGCCCUCCUCUUGCAUCUCGUCUGACCGAAAUUAUGGCUCUGAAAUCCAGCAACACUUGCCUCUUUAUAGACUCACCUCUAAAUUGUGAACAGCUCCUUCAAGUGGCCAAAGAUGCAGCUCCGCGAAUCGCUGCUUUGGAAAUCUGUCCCAAUCUUGUCAACGAUACAUUCCCUCAUUUGGCUGUGCAACUACGUGACCUUGCAGACAAGCACAAAUUCCUGCUGAUUGCAGGCCGUGUGGUGAAAGAAGACAAAUGCACCGGUGAAAGCCACCUGUCCUCAUGCCGAUGGGCUGAUAUCAUCAUCGUAGAUGCCCUUUCAGGAUCAGGAACCUUGAAUGCUUUGCGGCGGUUAAACAAAGCCUCAUAUGCUCGAACUAUUGGUUCACUCCUGAUUUCCAAUAUGGACUAUGAGAGCUCCCUCAUGAAGGCCGCUUACACCGAAGAGUGCAUUGAAUUGGCUAAAAAGAACGCCGAUGUGGUGGUUGGAUUUGUUGCGUCCCAUCCCCUAGAGUCUAUUACAUUGCAAACAAGACCUGAAGGUGAUGUUGUACCCUCGGUGAUUUACAAAACGCCACCGGAGCACAACUACACCGGCGGAGAGGCCAAUGGUCACAUUAAUGGCUGUUGCAAUGGCAGUACGACGUUCGGGGGCGCUCGCAUUGGUGUUCUUUAUACCACCUGUUUUUCCUCAUUAAAGGGAAGCAAGGUUGAUGCACUGUGA